UAAGCGGCAGCUGAGACUGGGAGACGCUGUGGACUCAGGAAACAGUGCGCACUUCUUACCGGACAAGUCGGCCCAGUUUUAACUUAGAGUAUAGAAGACAGAAGUGGUGGGAGCGGAUGCUAAGGUAGUAGCCCACAUUUGUGAUCCUUUUUUUUUUGGAUGGUACGUUUGAGCGAGAGCUAGGGGGGUAAAAGAGGCAGCGGGUAUGGCGGACAUACGCAAAAAACUUGUCGUGGUGGGGGACGGCGCGUGCGGGAAGACGUGUCUUCUGAUCGUGUUCAGCAAGGACGAGUUCCCCGAGGUGUAUGUGCCGACCGUGUUCGAGACGUACGUGGCGGACAUAGAGGCGGACAACAAGCAAGUGCAGCUGGCCCUGUGGGACACCGCCGGGCAGGAGGACUACGACCGCCUGCGCCCCCUCUCCUACCCGGACACCGACGUCAUCCUGAUGUGCUUCUCCGUGGACAGCCCGGACUCGCUGGAGAACAUCCCCGAGAAGUGGGUGCCCGAGGUCAAACACUUUUGUCCCAACGUGCCCAUCAUACUGGUGGCCAACAAGAAGGACCUGCGCAACGACGAGAACGUGAAGAACGAGCUGUCCCGCCUGAAGCUGGAGCCCGUGCGAGCGGAGGACGGCCGGGCCAUGGCCACGCGCAUCGGCGCAUAUGAAUAUUUGGAGUGCUCCGCCCGAACCAAGGAGGGGAUCUGGGAGGUGUUCGAGAGCGCGACACGGGCGGCCCUGCAGAAACGAAGGACCCCGCCGGCUGGCUGUCUCAAGUGCUGUGUGUUGAUGUGAAUCCACUGUCUUGUCUGUAGACACAACGAGGCGCAGGCGGAGACGCGCACACCGCCGGGCCCUGUGUCCGAACACGUAUUGGGCAGUGGCCAUUGGGGUUUCGGAUACACCCUUUGCAUUCACACGACCUCGGCCGAAGCGAAGCGAAGCGAACGACUGCAAACAAGUUGUUUUUUGAACACACUCAAUGAUCGUCUGAUGUUUGUCUGUGUGAGAGAAAGAGAAGCACUGGUUACAGCAUGUUCUCUGUGGGUCACAUGAUCCCAGUAAGACUGGUGGAGGGGUAAAAAGGACAAACCCCCAUCUCGCAACGUUUCAGUGGACUCCCCCUGUCUCCUCCUGUGGACAUGGCCUGCCAAGAUUUUUUUUUUAAUUUCUCACCUUUCGUGCUUCAAACUGUUUGCAUAUAGGUCACAGCCUUACUGCCAAGGUUACACUUUGUACCAAGCAAAGCAGUAUAAAUUGCACUUGUUAUUUAUGUCCACUUGUAUUGUAAAAUGACUGUAUUACAUUUGGGAAAAUUGCACAGCAUCUGGGAACUUGAGCAGUCCACAGAACAUUUUGUAAAGCCCAUGCAUCAGUGUAUCCGUGUAAGGAUGCCCAUAGAGUUUCCUCUAAUUUGCCAUAUGCCUUUUGAUUUGUUCGAUUUUUAUGACACGGUUUUAAGUUUACAGUUCUUCAGGUGUGUUAGUUGGAACAGCGUCCAAAAUAGUAUGUUUGACUCCACAUUAUUAUUAAAAUUAAUAGAUAUGCAACGGGUCACAUUUCAUCACAGAUCGGGGAGACCACAGAUUGGCAAGUCUUGACAAGGGCUUAUCAUAUUGUCCAGUGCAGUUUUGGGGUUUGUGUUUUGUGAGAUUAAAGUGGGCACGCGAACAGUUAACCGUGUGUUGUCAGAAAUAUUUGUUUUUACUAAGCAUUAUUCCGCCCUUAGUUAUAUGCUUGGCUGCGGUAACAGUGACUAUAGUUUUGGAGGGACAUUGAUGACAGAUUGUUAAAACAAUGUAAGGAGAAGCUAACAACGACAUCUAUAAAUAUUACAAUCUGCAUAGAAGGAGAACUGUUUAUUUUUUUCCUUGCUGCUCACCAGAACUGCAUUAUUUAGUAUCUCACCACAUGUCUGACUUCUUGAAAUCCAGGAUUCUCUGUCUCUAAGACUCUGAAACCCCUUUUGGCAUUUUCUGCUGUUAAGUGUGCAAUAUUUCCAAGAGAGGGUUGAGCAUGUGAGAUGGUUCAACAUGUAAGUGCUUUGCCCGUGUAGUGUAAUGAAAAGAAGAGUGAGCUUCAUCUGAGCCCUAAGAGCAAUUAGCUCACACUCAUAUGGGAUUUAUUGAAAUUGAUCAUGUUAUUUCAUUAUAACUACAGUCUUUUAAUACUGACAAACAGGAAAUCACUUUGACAAAAACAGACUGAAACUACAAUAUUUUUUUAAGAAGCUGUUAAAGUUUGUUUACAGCAGUAAAACUGAAUUAUGACUGGUGAGACACACACUAAAGUCCUUCCUAAUGUCCACCUGUAGGACUCUGAAUGUACCUCAAGUUUCAGAGACUUUGUUGGAGCUUUGACCCGAGCAACAGAAAUCAAUGUAUGUCAGCUACUUUUCCAUUCUUGCGAAAUAAAUUCAGCUCACGUUUAAUCUGUGUCUUCACAGAGGUGUUGUGUAAUGUCCUGGAACUCUAUGGUGGGAGUGCCUGUUCAAAUGACAGCUGUGAACAUCAAUUACAGAGACUGUUGGUACACUGAAUAUCCAGGGCAGGCCCCUGCUGGAUGUAUAAUGUGAGUUUGACUUUCAAUGGUAACUGAAGACAAAAAUAAGAGCACAAUUUCACUUUAAAUGUCAUUUUUUUGUUAGCCAAUAAUAGUGAAGAUAUAUCAGUUUAAAAGAGUAUCUUUUAAAAAAGUCCAACCAGAGUUACGAUGGUGUAAAAGUCACAUUCCUCCCUGCCUUCUGUUGCUGGGAUUUUUGCUGACUUACAGAGCAGGAAUGCAUUGUGCUGGAUUGGUUAAUUUUUCCCACACUGGCCCCCCUCAUGUGCCUCUGAUUUCCAAUGUUGUUAGGUUAUUCUUCACUGACUAGACAGUGCAGUUUUCAUCUUCUUCAACAAUGGAAUCACAGAGAAGCCAAUUGAGUUGAGUCGCACCAAAUCAUGACCACCUUAACGUAAUACUUAUUAGGUUUGAAUUGUAGGUGGUAAACAAUGGAAUUCUUUGUGAGGAAAAGCAAUGCAGAAUGUAAGGGAACAAGCGGUACUGUUCUGGGAAACUCAAUAAAAUAAUCGAUCUGUGUCACCAUC